CGGCGCUUGUUUUUGUUGUUGGGAUCCAGAGCAUCUCCAGUCUCCCUUGACGCAGGGCGGCAUUAACUCUCGCCCACACACCGAGCUCCGGACCGGUCCGGAGCUCAGUGUGUGGACGGGUCCGGUUGUCACGCUGUGCACUGAUAAUACAGCUGUAAACAUCAUGAUACGGUACCAUUACAGAUCAUGAACUUGGGACUACUUACCACUGGUUUCCAGUCUGGUAGUAAUCCUUUGUGCUUAACCAGUCCGUUGACAUUUUCUUGGACAGGCAACUCACUUUCCAUUUUUCUCCGGCCCACACAAGUCUCAAGAGCCAAUGCAGUUUCUCGCUCCUCUCGUCGCUCUUGCCUGCCUCAUCGCUGGUGCUGAAGGUGCUUGCACCGGGCCGAACGCCCGCACUACUCCCCCUCCUGGUGCCAUUGUCGUUGACAUCACGGGUUCCUACAGGGGAAGUUUCAAGACCGUGUCGGCAGGGGUAGCCAAGUUGUCCACCGCGACGGGAGAUAGCACGCUCUUCUUGAUGCCAGGCAUCUAUAAAGAGAAGGUCACGGUCCCGCCGCUCAAGGGCAAGCUGGUUAUACAAGGCUACACGUGCGACACGACUUCGUACUCUGCGAAUCAGGUCACUAUCACCCGUGCCAUGGCACAAAAGGAUGUCCCCGCCAGCAUCACCAAAAAUCGCAACGACUACACGGCCACGGUGUUGCUCAAGUCGAGCAACGUGAAAGUAUACAAUCUCAACGUUGCAAACACGGCCGGGAACGUUGGUCAGGCCAUUGCACUGAAGGUUGACGGUGCUAAUUACGGACUAUACGCUUGCAAACUCAUGGGCUACCAGGACACUUUGUACGCGAACAAAGGCCCUGCGCUCUUCGCCAAGUCAUACAUUAACGGUGCCAUCGACUUCGUAUUUGGUCUGUACGCGAAGACCUGGUUUGAGUCCUGCCACAUCGAGUCUAUUGGUAAUGGAUGCAUCACUGCCAACGGCCGCACCGAUAACUCAAACCCGUCCGAGUACGUCUUCAACAACGCUCGUGUCUUCGGUUCCAAACCGGGGCAAGCCUUUCUUGGUCGUCCGUGGCGGCCGUACGCCCGCGUUGUUUUCCAGAACAGUGAUCUCAGUGAUGUUGUUAACCCCGCAGGAUGGCAGAAGUGGAACGGUGACAACAACACGGGUAACGUCUACUUCAAGGAGUUCAACAACAGAGGAGCUGGAGCUGCGACCAACAAGCGUGUACCUUUCAGCGGAAAGCUGCAGAAACCAGUGGCCAUCGCGGAAAUCCUUGGCCAGGGUUACGAGUCCGCCUGGUGGGUGGACAAGUCAUUCAUGUAAACUGGUUGAAGUACUUUCGCUGCGGAGAUUCUUUUGACCUGAAAAAAAUACAUGUACACCGUUCACUAACAAAAAUCACCAAAUACACCACAACAAAUCAAAGUUCUCAGUAAGUUACGAAG